AUGCAUCAUGUGUUGGUUAAGGUGGUUGAAGAGGAUGGUUUUGCAUGGUUCUUAACGUGCUUUUAUGGCUGGCCAGAAACUAAUCAAAGAUUUAAAUCAUGGGCUUUACUUAAUCAUCUCAGGUCCUUUGUGAACGGGCCGUGGAUGUGUAUAGGUGACUUUAAUGCUAUUCUGAGCUCUUCUGAAAAAUUAAGCAGACGACCGACACAAGCAAGACUUAUAGAUGAUUUUCAAGAAGCACUGGAGUUAAAUGAACUAGAAGAUUUGGGAUACCAUGGUUAUCAAUUCACUUGGAAUAACAAAAGGCCUAGAGAAGCUAAUACUAGGGAGCGGCUUGACCGAGCUGUGGCCACAGGAAGUUGGAGAAGAAAAUUCCCAUUGACUACAGUGACCCAUCUAUCAUCCCAUGCCUCUGACCAUGCGCCAAUAAUAUUACAAACAAGGUCCCACAAGCAACAAGUUCGGAAUAGAGGCUGGCGUGGUUUCAAAUUUGAAGAAUCAUGGCUUCUUUGGGAAGAGUGCGAAGAGGUAAUUAAGGAAGCAUGGGAACAAAGUUUGGAGAGCAGCUCAGCUUUAGAAGCAAUAAGGCAGAAGAUUAAAACAUGCGGAGAUGAAUUACAAGCUUGGGGGUCAUCUAGAACACACCCCGAUGCAAAGGAAAUUAAACAACUCCAAACUCGGGUUGAAGUGUUACAAGCAGAGGAAUGUACAGUGGAGAACAGGGCUGAAUUUUUGGAGGUGAGCAAAAAAUUAGACAACUUACUAAGGCAGCAAGAAAUUUAUUGGGCUCAACGAUCCCGGGUACUUUGGUUGAAACAUGGGGACAAAAACACAAAGUUUUUCCACUCAAAGGCCUCACAAAGGCAACGGAGAAACUCUAUACAUGGGAUUAGAGAUGAGGAGAACAAUUGGGUUGAAGCACAAGAGGAUAUAGCAAGGGUGGCAAUUAAUUAUUUUGGGAAUUUGUUUAGUGCUGAUUUUUUAAAUUCUGGUAAUACGGUGUCUGAAAUAAAUUACACAAAUAUUGUGCUUAUUCCCAAAGUGCUAGCCAACAGAUUGAAGCAGGUCCUUCCUCAGAUUAUUUCUCCUACACAGAGUGCAUUUGUUCCGGGUCGCUUUAUCAUUGAUAAUGUGAUGGUGGCAUAUGAGACCUUGCACACAAUGCAUGGAAGAAAGAAAGGAAAGAAGGGAUCUCUUGCUCUCAAGCUUGAUAUUAGCAAAGUUUAUGAUCGGGUAGAGUGGGACUUUCUACGAGGUAUUAUGACUAAACUGGGUUUUCCUCUGUUAUGGAUAAAUUGGGUGAUGACAUGCAUUACAACUCCAACUUUCUCUGUUCUCAUUAAUGGUAAACCUUUUGGCCAUAUAUCCCCAUCUAGAGGGCUCCGUCAAGGAGAUCCCCUCUCGCCUUAUUUGUUUCUCUUGUGUGCAGAGGGCUUUACUGCUUUGUUAGCAAAGGCAGAGUUAGAGGAGCGUAUUCAUGGUGUGUCUAUUUGUAGGAGAGCACCAAGGAUUUCCCACUUGCUCUUUGCAGAUGAUUCUCUUCUUUUCUGCCAAGCUACUCAAAGGGAGGUUAAUGAAGUAAUUGGUAUCAUUCAGACGUAUGGAAGAGCUUCUAGCCAAUGCAUAAAUAUGGAAAAAUCUUCGGUAUUGUUCAGUAGCAAUACUCCAAAUACACAAAAAGCUUGGGUUAAGAAUACUCUAGGGGUGAAGGAGGUGGAGCGUUUUGAGACAUACUUGGGAUUGCCCACAUUGAUAGGCCGAGCAAAGUACCAUGCCUUUGCUUAA